AUGAAAAAGGGCGGCAAAAAGGAGGGCCCCGUUGGAGAAAACAGCCCAGCAUCGGAUGAUUGUGAAUGUGGACCAAGGGACCGAUUUCGAUGUACAUCGGAAGAAGUAUUUAUGUGUGUGCCAAAGGGUAACGAAAAAGACGGUUUUUUGGAGUCGUUCCGAGACGGAGACCAGGCAUCCUACACGUUGUGCAACUCAUACGUUGCAUUUGAAGUGGAGUGCACCGAAACGCAACCCGAAAACAGCAAGACGUGCAGUUGUUACGAUGAAGGUGACGCUACAUGCAUGGCCUUCUCUGGAUCAGCAUUUAGUUGCACUUACAAAGAUAAACAGAUGACGUACACAAUUUCCAAUUCGAUUUGUGAGUCAGAGGACAAUUCAUCUACAACUGUGAACAUCCCCGAUACGACUGAAACCACCACAGCGGUGUCAAAAAUGUUUCGAGUAAAGCCUACCCUUCAGAAAACCACUGGUUACGUCACCACGUUGAAACUAACAGACCCAAUCACUGCGAUGGGAAAAGCAACGUCACCUACUCAGCCAGACUCGGCCGUCACAAGUUCAACCGGGGGAUCGCCCCCAAGCACCCGCCUGGUGACUAACACUGUGAAAAUAGACAUCCCUACACCUUCUUAUGGACGUGGUAAUAUACCUGUUGCAAUCGGGGUAUCACUUACCCUCAACGUCCUCUUGGUGGCGCUCGUUAUUUUCGUGUGCUGGAAAAAAGGCGGGAAACGAUUUUGUACGAAGUCUCGCAGAAAGUUCAACCGUUCCCAGACGUCAACUUUGAACCCAGAUAGUUCUGCAUCAGCAGGAAGAGUGAAUCCCACAUACGACCUUGACGGGAGACUAGCUGGUGGUGACGUCUUACAUCUUACGUCACUCGCCAAUGUCCAGAAGGAGGAGGAAGGCUAUGCCGAAAUUCCGCCAAGAGAAUACGCGCCGUACAUGCCAGACCAUCCGACAACCUCCUACACAGCCUUGCAGAAAGUCAGAUCAACGGGCAGUGAUGACAACGACGAUCCGCCGGUGUACACCCCGAUACCUGUGAGCAACAAGCCCGCAAAAACCUCCUCGACAGAUGACGACUACGUCGAGCCUGAUACAGUCACACUCCAUCCGGGCGAGGGGGCCAAUGGUGCGUCCGCCCUCAACUCAUCUGUGCUUGGUAAACGACAAGGGAGACAUCAAGAUGCCCGGUCACCGAAUCCAAAGAGUGGUGGGUAUGUUGACGUGGAUUCCCCGCCAGUCGUGUUCUCUGAGACACCUAGCGCCCCGAGGACAAGCUUCGCAGAUUCUCAAGACCAAGAUCCCGAAGAUGCUUAUUAUUUUAAACUUCGGGGGCUCUCCGCGGAUACAGCACCCGGUGAGCUUGAUCAGGAACGGUUAGACCACCCUACUGCGGACAGUGGCCAGUAUCAAUCGCUUGGGGCUUCAUCGGCAACAUUGUCUGCAGAUACCAAGCUGGUGGAUGAUGGUGAUGCGUAUAAUUUGCUCGGUCGAAACGCGAUUAAUCUAGCUAAGACUGCAGCUAACGCCACCACCAACAGCAAUUACGACCACAUGGUCAUCCAGGCAGCAGCUCACAAUGACGGGGGAAAUAAUGCAUACGACACCGUCGAGCGACACCGUCUUCAGACCGCUCUCAAGAUCGGGGACGCGCAACAAGGGGCCACAGGUGGCAUUAUCAACAGCAACACUGACCUGAAAAGACAGACUGCAGGGUAUGAUACAUUCGAACGUCCCGGUAUAAAACAUGCGAUCAAUACGACUGGGGAGGGAGAUUACAGCCUGGCAAUGCCGCUCGUCUAGAGGGCGCUUUACGACAGCUCGAUAUUCGGAACCAUGGGUAUGACGCAUAACAUCAACCAAAGAGCAUUUUCGAAACUACGACCUCGGUAUACAUGUAUAGGUUUCAGCUCCGUCAGCGAUUUUGAUUAUCUUGGGACACACGAACAAGGUGGACAGAAAGGAACUCGAAACAGUGAUUACGAAAAGGCCAACCGGAGAUACACAUUUCGGUCAUCUUGUUCAUUCAGACGAACUGUUGUACGGAGUGCUGAAAAAUCAUGAUCCAUGGGCCUAAAUUUAUUACGCAAUUAAAGCAGGGUAAGUGACAUAGCAAUAACCAACAAAUACAAAACUAACACUAUACCUGUUUUUUCUAAGCAAUUCAUUUUAUUUAGUAUCACUUUACAGUUUUUACAAACCAAAUUCGUGAUAUUCUACCAAAUUUGGGAUUCACACAUUAUCUUUUUAAGGACUAUCUACUGAGAUGAUGAAACUCUGAGAGUUAAACAGAUCACAAAUAAAUAAA